UACCCUUGUUCGCCGCCGCCGCCGCCGCCUCCUCCCUUCGCCCUCAGCCUUUCCUAGGGUUUCCUCCCGGCUACGCUCCGCGGCCGGCGGCGGCGUCGGCGAGACCCGCCCGCCCUCCCGCCUCCAACACGGUCGCAGCCGCGCCGCCCUCUCCGCGCCGAGCAAGCAAUGGCAGGGCAAGCAGGGAACCCAGCAAACCAUCAUAUAAGUCCCCACGUGAUAAGCAGCGCUUUUGUUCAGCAAUAUUACCACAUCCUACAUGAGCAACCAGAUCAAGUGCACAAGUUUUACCAAGAAUCAAGUAUGCUUGGUCGACCAGAGUCCAAUGGAACCAUGGUGGAUGUAACCACCCUUGGUAACAUCAAUGAAAGAAUUAUGUCUAUGAACUUCGGGAGCUUCUUAAUAGAGAUAGAGACGGCGGAUGCACAGUUAUCUCACAAGGAUGGGGUGCUCAUUGUGGUAACUGGAUCCCUGACUUCAGAUGAUGGCGUCUGCCGUAGGUUUACCCAGUCGUUCUUCCUAGCUCCGCAAGAAGCUGGUGGCUAUUUUGUUCUCAAUGAUGUGUUUAGGUUUAUAUCAGAAAGGAAACCUGCUGAGAUUACUCAAGUUGGUGCUCAAGAAAAUGAAAGUGGUCAGAAUGGUAUAUCUGCAUCUGAAACAUGUUCAGCAUUACCAGAACCUACUCCAGCUGACAAGAGUGUGAUCUUGGACCAUGUGACAGCUGAGAAUAUUGUCACAGAGAGGCAAAUUAGUAAUCCCUCUGUUAAUGGAACUGCUGUUGAAAAUAAUGUUAGUGUUGAGCCAACUGUGCAAGUGGUCAAAGAGGAUCCCAAAAAGGCUCCAGUUGCUGCUCCUCCCCCUCCUCAGACAGAUGUUACUAAGAAAUCUUAUGCAUCCAUUGUGAAGGACAUGAAGGAGGGCCCACCGACUCCACCAGUUGCCAAAACAACUCCAGUUCCCAAGCAAAAGCCAGCUCCUAAGCCAGCGUCCAAGGCUGUUGAAGGUCCGGAAAAAGCAUCCGUGAAACCUGCCCAGGCUAAUGAAACCAGUGAUAUGAUUGUUGCCCAAAACAACUCUUCUCGCAGUGAGCAAGGCUAUUCAAUUUUUGUCAAGAAUUUGCCUUUUCGUGCUAAUGUCGAAAUUGUUGAGGAGGAAUUUAAGAAAUUUGGCGCUAUAAAGCCAGGUGGCGUCCAAGUCAGGCACAAUAAGAGUGAUCGUUUUGUCUUUGGCUUUGUCGAGUACGAGUCCCAGCAGUCUAUGCAAGCAGCAAUUGAGGCAUCUCCAAUUCGUAUGGAGGAUAAAGAAGUUCAAAUUGAGGCGAAAAGGACCAAUUCGCGAGGUGGCCGUUUCCAAUCUGGCAGGGGAGGGUACCAUGGUGAUAACUUCAGGGGACGUGGCGGCGGCUAUAUGGACAAUGCAAACUAUAGAGGCGGUGACAACUUCAACCGACGGAAUGAAGAGAACUUCAACCGCAGGAAUGAAGGCGAGAACUACAACCGCAGGAAUGAAGGCGAGAGCUACAACCGCAGGAAUGAUGGGGAGAGCUACAACCACAGGAACGAUGGUGAGGGCUACAAUCGCAGGAACGAUGGUGAUAGCUACAACCGCAGGAACGACGGUGAGAACUACAACCGCAGGAAUGACGGUGAGAACUACAACAGAAGGAACGACGGUGGUGAGAUCUUCAACCGCAGGAACGACGGCGGCGAGAACUUCAACCGAAGGAACAACUUCAGAAAUCAGAAUGAGUUCUCUAGUCGCGGACGGGGGCCACCUCCACCAGGGAAUGGUUACCACCAGAACGGGAAUGGUAUCUACCCAGUUCGCCACUUCCAGAAUGGGAAUGGGAGGUUUGGCCGUGUCAGCAGUGGCCCUAAGCAAUCACCAGUUGCUGCGUAGAGGCAUCAGGUAUCAAAGUAGGAAGCUUAAGGUGAUUAUUUAUAGUAGGAGCAUUGCUGAUCAGGCGCCUUCCGGUGGGCAUAUCAAAUUUUUGUGCUGAGUUGGGUCCCAAAGAGUUUAGUAGUGGCAUUCGUCCGUCCAUUGGUGGUUGGUGAGUUUUGUUGCCGUUGACAAACCUUGUCAGCUGGUUGUUGGACUGGUGGCCCAUAGUUUGUGUCAUCUGCCUAUUAGGAUUUGGAGAUUGGACUCUAAUCUUAUGAGGUGGUGCAUGCAGAAAUGUGUCCAUGUUUACUUCCGCUGUCAUUACAGGCGAAGCCUUGCUUAGUUCUGCAUCUAUACUGCUGCUGUUGCUAUUUCUUUACAUGCAGCUAUUAGUAACAGCAUCACCUGUGUUCCUUUUCA